GUGUAACUAGGAGGCAGCUGUCACACACUUGUCAUGCUGUGUCUAUAAAGUUUGUUAGAGAAGCCACUGGCAGUUUGCCUCAAGGUGACAUAUACUGACGCAGGCUGCCUGCAUGGCAGAAUAAAAUAUCAUUAAAAAAAAGCACUCGGGACAUGGAAAUGGGGUCGUGUUGCCAAAGCAGUGUGUGAGGCACGGCGAUUCCUGCUGACAGGGGAAUAUUCUUGACCUAACAGUUCCCACAGCAAAUCUGAAAGGCCUGAUAACUAUAGAUUCAUGGCUUCUAAUUCCAAUCUUGUUGUUGUCACUGGUUUUGGACCGUAUAGAAAUUAUAUCAUAAACUCCAGCUGGGAAGCAGUGAAGGAGUUAUCUGAACUUGGUCUUGGUGGAGAUGUUGAACUUCAGAUUAUGGAGCUUCCAGUGAAAUACAGUGAGGUGAUGAGGAAAGUGUGCAAGAUAUGGACAGAGCGUAAGCCCCUGCUGUCUGUGCACGUUGGAAUGGCCUCCUCAUCCAAAGCAAUCACCCUGGAGCAAUGCGGAAGAAACAAAGGCUACAUGGAAAAGGACCUCGGCGGCGCUCACCCACACGGUGGCUGCUGUUUGCUGGAAGGGCCAGAAAGAAUAGAGUCUGUCAUUAAUAUGAAAACCGUCUGCAAAAACAUUUCAUUGCCUGGGAUUGAUGUUAUCUACUCCAGAGAUGCUGGGAGGUACCUCUGUGAAUAUGCCUACUACAUCUCUCUGCACUAUGGACAAGGAAGGGCAGUUUUCAUCCAUGUGCCUCCAUUAACAAAAGCUUUGACAUCACGAGGACUGGCUCAAGCUCUGCAGCACAUUAUCCAAGAGAUGUUGACUCUGUACGGGCAGACAUCAGCCCAUCAGUAA